GGACCAAACUCCUUCAAGUGUCUUGUUGGUCCCCUGGAGUCAGAGGAUGAAGAAGCAAAGAAAUUUUUGUGCAGCAAUUAAUGGUGCUGCUAACGAGGUGAAUAUGCGGCAGCCACAGUUGAUCAGGUGACUAUGACGGUAUUCCUUAUUUUAGCCAAUGGUUGGAUGGAGCCAAUCCAGGAGAGGCCAGAUUUGUACCACGGGUGUUGUCAUGGGGCUCCUCAUCUGUUGUGUGUGAUAAAUGGGCUCAUUUGUGUCUCAAGCACCAAAAAAAAAGUAGGCGUGGCCACUGUUUCUGCCAUGGAAAACUGUGGCUAUAAAGGGAUUUUCACACUGACGGCACUGGCACUCUGUUAACGGGGUUUGGAAUGAAGGGGAAGCUGGAUGACUUGAGGCUAUAGACAAGUGGAGCAAGGAGAAGAGGGAAACGUAAACGGAACUAGCACAAAAUGUGGGAGCAAUAGCUACGGAGCAAGUGACGAGAGUCACAGUCCAAGUAGGCUCAGGCGGUUGCUUAGCAGUGGGCGCCCAUUUUGUUCGUUACUUCAGUGCCGGUAGAUCCGAAAAACGAUGGAUGACGAAAUGACAACUUUGGAGGAGAUCGGAAUGGGGCUGCGAGUGAAUAUUUCCCCGACGCAGACGACAUUCUACGUUAUGCUGGUCCUUUUCGGGAUCUUGGGAAACGGCAUGGUGGUCGGCGUGGUCGGAGAAAGCGUCAUCCGCGACAGUGGUAGCGGGAAGGGCUCCGAUAUCAUUCUGGUGAACAUGGCACUGUCAAAUCUGCUGGUGUCACUGAUGAGGAACUCGCUCCUGGUGCUGUCUGACUUAGGAUUGGAGUUAUACUCAUCCAAAGAAUGGUGCCAGUUAUUGAUGUGCACCUGGGUAUGGCUUCGGUCCGUCAACGUGUGGUCGACUUUUUUCCUCAGCGCUUUCCACCUGCAGACGCUGCGGCGCGUCGCCCCUUCCGGAGGACAUUCGUACGGCCCCCGGGGGCCAUCCAAGCCCCUAUUGCUGGGUUUGGGUUCUAUCUGGGCCAUCAACCUCCUGUACUCAAUCCCUGCUUUUAUGUACUCCACUAGUGGUGACAGGAAUAGCACUGAGACGUUGAUGUUGAUCAGCAGUACGACGCGCCCCCUGCUGGGCUGUGUGUGGAACUUCCCCUCACCGUACGGUGGCUUGGCUUACGCCACCAUUUCCAUGGUGAUCCACGAGACCUUGCCCAUCAUCCUCAUGUCCAUCACUAACCUGGGCUCCCUGUACACGCUCUACGCUCAUGGACGGAAGCGCGGCGCCACCCACGUGACACAGAACGCCCCCGUGAUUCGCAGGGUCCCAGCCGAGAGGCGAGCUGCCAAGGUGAUUCUGGCUCUAAUCAUGUUGUUCAUUGUAUCCUGGGGGACCAGCAUCAUCUCCGUUAACUACUUCAAUUAUAACCGUGGAUCCUCCGCAGAGUUUCUCCUGGUCGUGGCACGCUUCGCCAACACGGCCUUCAUUGCCCUGUCUCCCAUGGUGCUGGCGAUUGGCCACCGUCGCCUCAGGGCUUUCAUCAGGUCUGUCAUAGUUCACUGACAGUUGGGCUGUAUGACCACAGAGUGGGAUAAAAAAAUAAAAAAAAAGAUCGUUCUGAUGACACCCGGUGAGGAUCCAAUAAAAGCACCGCCAAUACUCCCAACUCGAACUGGAGUUUCUGAAAGGGCCAAACUCUCCAAAACGAAAUGCAUUUACGGUAUGAUUUCAAUACUUGAUUUUCUUUUGAACUUUUGGAAGUGCCGAAGUAUUUGGAGCGUUUUCAAAUGUCCUAUAUUGUAAUGCAGGAGGUAUAGGUAAGGGUAGAAGCAUGACUGAAAAAUCACCCUGGAAAAUCAAGCCAAAACAUCAACCUUCAGAAAUUCUCUUCACAGAAAAUAUAAUAUAUAUAUAUAAUUUAAUUUAAAGCAUAUAAAGAAAUAUUUAAAAAUAUCUUGUUCUUUUGCCCUUUUCCCCUCUUCAUCAGUUUGAUAUUCAUCACUAAAAAGUCCAGUAACUCUUGACUAAAAAAAACUAAUUCCAAAAGGUCAAUAUGGCUGGCAGCCACUCCUGAACUGGGUUAGCCACAUUUGCUAAUCCAAGCACGCUGGGAGAAGGGGUGGAAUUUACAUGCUAGAUAUCAGAAUAGAAUAAUGGUUUUUAAUGGCGUGGUUGUCUUCAAAGCAGCUGAUUGAAUCUAGUUUAUGCAGUUUAAAUAAAAGGGCCCUUUGGACAGAUCGUAGGGAUGUCCUCAGGAUGCUGAUGUGUCAGUGUGAGGCUAAGACAGACCUUCGGUAACAUACCUGUGUGUGUGUGUGUGUGGCUACAUACAAGUGAUUACCUGCUUUUAAUGUCCAAGGACGUACAACCAACCGUGGAGGGCAAAGGAAACAGAUCACAACUGGCUGUAAUGGAUAAGUUUAAAUAUUAUAUAGUCUUUUUUGCCAGUGAGUUCAGUUUACAUAUUUAGCUUGCUUCGGCCUAUCUAUGUAAUCAUAAGUUCAUUAAUUUUGACUUGAAUGUAGACAUAUUCAUAAACAUCUUAUAGUUUUUUUCUGAAGAAUAAAUGGUUAAAUACUUCCACUGACCACUCCAAGUGUGUCUGAAAUGCUGAACUUCUCUUAACCAAAGAUAGCACAACCUCAUUUAAAAUACCCUGAUCAACAGGCAGAUAUGAAGCAGCAGAACAGACUAUUACUUAAAACUGUAGAUAUUUCAUACAGCCCUGGAAUUGGGUAGCUAUUUGGCAAAUAAUAAUGUAAUACAAAACACAGAAAACAAAAAUAUUUCACAGCUAUAAUAAUUUAUUACUUGGGGAAUAUCAUUAAUAUCUCAUUUAAAAAAUAUACCUUUUGUCUUUCUGUGCAAAUGAAAAUUGUCCUGCAGUUUCUGUCCCAAAGCAACAUGCAGAUUGUUCACCUUCAAAGAGGGAAUAACCUCUGAAUAUUCUUCGCAAAAA